AUGUUGGGAUUAUUCAACGUGGCAAAGUCGUGGGUGGCGACGCCUGUCCAGCCCUUCCUUAGCUGCGUCAGAAAUGUUUCCUAUUUGGGAAACUUGGCUGCUUUUGAUGGUGCAGUCAAGGGCUACAAGAGACUUGGUAGAGGUCCAGCUUCCGGAAAGGGUAAGACUUCUGGCCGAGGCCAAAAGGGUCAAAAAGCCCGUGGAAAAGUCCCCCACUGGCUUGAAGGUGGUCAGACACCAUACUACAAGCGUUUCCCCAUUAUCGGAUUCAAAAGAUCCCACAGAAAAAUCUUUCAUGAUGUCAACUUGGACAGAAUCCAGGAUUUCUGGGACCACGGUAGAAUUCCAUUGAAGGCGGGUGAAACCUUGACCAUCAAGGCCAUGCGUGACUGUGGCUUGCUCACAGGAACUUUAAAAGACGGUGUGAAGUUGUUGGGUAACGGAAGCGAGACUUAUAACGUUCCUUUGAAUGUGGAGGCUUCAAGAGCCACUUCCAGUGUUAUUAACGCCAUUUCCAAGUUGGGCUACACAUACACCAGUGUGUAUCACACCAAGUUGGGCUUACAGGCUCAUGUCGACCCAGACCGUUUCCUUUUGAAGAAGGGAUAUGUCCCUUUGCAAGCGCGUCCAACGCACAAGAGAGACAUUGCAUAUUACUCUGACCCUGCCCAUGGCGGCUACUUGUUAAAGGACCGCUCGUUGUUAUUGGACCAUGUUGGAGGCAGUAACAUGCAGAAAAAGAAGGAGAGAAAGAGCGAGUUGAAGCGUCUGUUGGAGAAUGCUUCGGACCGCAGACAUGGAGAUUUUGCGGAAAACAAAGUGGUGGAUUUGGCCAGUCUUUAG